GAGGAGCCCUAUAUCAAUUGCAGCUGCUGUUAUUUACAUGAUAACCCAACUAUCUGAAGAGAAGAAACCCUUAAAAGAUAUAUCCUUAGCAACAGGAGUUGCAGAAGGUACUAUAAGAAACUCGUAUAAGGAUCUGUAUCCGUAUGCGUCGAGACUCAUCCCAACCUCGUUCGCCAAGGAAGAAGACCUCAAGAACCUUUGCAGCCCAUAACUUGCCCUUUUAGAAGCUUCUCGGCCGGCAUCAAUGGCGGAAAAUUCUUCACCUGAUAUUAUAAUCAACAUUUUUUUCUUGUGUUGGGAUAUAGAACUGGAGUUGACCUGAAAGCAGGGGGAAUUGCUGGGUUGUGGUUUUAGAUUGGGUGUUUUUGACUAUUUGUUUGUUAGGGGGAAGAAAGGCCAAUCAAUUCGGCCUUUUCCUCAUUGUUGGAGAAUUCUGAUUUGUAGUAGCUUCAUAUAUUGGUCAAAUUUAGAGUAUUGUAUGUACUUAAUACUGACAUUUGGUGUUAUUUUUCUGUACCUAAUGAAUGGCCCAAAAAGACUUAUUUUACUGUGCUAUUUUAAAGGGUCAUGCAAAUUGUUGAGCACAAUGAACCCAUUCCAUUUACAGCUU